CCUCAGUCGCUACGGAGGCGGGGAACAAGGGGCAAAGAUGGUUUACAUCUCGAAUGGACAAGUGUUGGACAGCCGGAGUCAGUCCCCAUGGAGGUUAUCUUUGAUAACAGAUUUCUUUUGGGGAAUAGCUGAGUUCGUGGUUUUGUUUUUCAAGACUCUGCUUCAGCAAGAUGUGAAAAAGAGAAGAGGCUACGGAAACUCCUCUGAUUCCAGAUAUGAUGAUGGAAGAGGGCCACCAGGAAACCCUCCCAGAAGAAUGGGUCGAAUUAAUCAUCUGCGUGGCCCUAGUCCUCCUCCAAUGGCUGGUGGAUGAGGAAGGUAAAUGUCUGCUCUAAGAAGCAGACAACUGGACAUGCACAUUCAUAGAAGAAGGAAACCAUCAAGAGGUAGAGGACUGACCGUGCUGGACAAGCAAAUGAAUGUGUAUGUCUAAACGAGAAUUGCUCUGUGUCCUCACAGACGGAUGAGGUCGUGCUGGGAAUUCCCUCCCCAGGGAUCUGGCAUGACUGACAUGCAGUUCUAUAAAUGCACAUGUUUGUCUCA